AUGGUUCAACCGAGAUUGAAAUCCAAAACUCUCACUAGUGCUUUAGCAACAUUCUUCUUGUUCUUCUUGUUGUUGUGGCGGUGCGUGCUAUCAGAUAACGAGUUAGUGGAUUAUGAAGCUGCUUAUCUAAAGAAGCUUAGGAAGGCCAUAUUCCCUGCUCCCUCCAACUGGUUCACCGCCACCAACAUGUGCGACUGGAGCCGUGUGAUUUGCACCGACGGUGUCAACGGCCGCACCGUAGUUGACAUCAACCUCAGCUCGAUGUCUCUUAAUGGAACACUCCCUUCCGGUCUCAACAACGCCUUACUCAACCUCAAAACUCUCGAUCUCGGUAACAAUUCUCUCACCGGCCCUCUCCCCUCCUUUGCUGGCCUCUCUCUCCUCCAAGAGCUGCAUCUGGAACUCAACAACUUCACCUCCGUCCCUCAUGGCUGCUUCCAGGGUCUAAAAAGUUUGCAGCAGUUCUCCUUCACUUCCAACACCAACCUCGAACCGUGGACUUUUCCCGCCGAUUUGACUGACUCUAUUGAGCUCCGAAUUCUCGAUCUCGGCGCUACAAACCUCGCAGGCUCCUUGCCAGAUACAUUUGAUUCCUUCCCCGAUUUGCAGAUUCUUGAACUCUCUGAUAACAACCUCACUGGCUUGUUGCCCAAGUCUCUUGCGAAACUACUCAAGCUACGAUCGUUGUAUCUCAACGACCAAAAGUUGUCGGGUAAAAUUGAAUUCCUUUCAUCCAUGACCCAGUUGAAAUAUGUGUGGCUUCAGGGGAACGCGUUCGAGGGUCCCAUUCCUGACUUGUCAAACUGCACCAACUUGGCAGAACUGUAUCUUGACAACAAUCGAUUAACGGGUGCAGUUCCACCUUCUCUCAUCAAUCUCUCGUAUUUGGAGGAGGUUUUCUUGGCCAACAACUCGCUGCAGGGCCCUAUGCCUGCGUUCAACAAGAAUGUGGAUACAAUAAUUCUUGAAGGAAAUGGGUUCUGUUUAAAACAUCCUGGCCCUUGUGAUUACAGAGUCACCACUUUGCUACAAGUUGCUGAGGCGUUUGGGUAUCCGUUUCAGUUGGCGCGCACGUGGCGAGGGAACGAUCCCUGUGACCGUUGGAGUUUCAUCACGUGCGAUAUCCAAGGCAAGAUCAGAACCGUCAAUUUGACGAACCUGAAUCUCACCGGAACCAUCUCGCCUGCCUUUGGCAAUUUAAGCGAUUUGCGAGAACUGCAUCUUAGUGGGAACAAUUUAAGCGGAUCAAUACCUGAAAGUUUGACAACUCUGUCACAACUCAAGAUUCUGGAUGUUUCCAACAACAACUUAUCCGGGAUCAUUCCCACAUUCUCUUCUAGCAUCACGCUCAAUACUACAAAUAAUCAUGGUUUAGUUGAUAGAAGUUCUCCACCCAAAGCAAGUCCUCCUCAUCCAUCUACACCUCCUCCCAGUCCUACUAAUAGAGCAAGGCUAACCGCAUCUAGAACCACACCUCUUUGGAUUAAAUUAGGUGCUGGUGCUGCAGGUAGUGUUGUUGGAAUUAUUGUAAUAUUUGGAGUGAUUGUUUUUAACCGUAAGAAGCCUUUAGGUUUGGUACAAAAGAUAGUGUUAAGGAGAAAAAGAAAGCACGUUGAUCAUUAUGUUGAAAAUCUCAUCAAAAGUUACAGUUCUUUGAGUCUUAAGCGAUAUACUUAUAAAGAAGUGAAAAAAAUGACAAAGUUGUUCAGUGAAAAAUUAGGAGAAGGAGGAUAUGGCAUCGUGUAUAAAGCAAGUUUAGCUGAUGGUCAACAGGUGGCAGUAAAAAUACUGAAAGAGUCAAAGGGAAGUGUGGAAGAAUUUAUUGAUGAGGUUUUUAUCAUUAGCAGGACAUCUCAUAUGAACAUUGUUUCACUUUUGGGAUUUUGUUAUGAGAAGAACAAACGAGCAUUGGUUUAUGAAUUCAUGCAUAAUGACUCUUUAAAUAAGUUUACUUAUAAAAAAGAGUCUUCUAAUGGUCUUUAUAAUUUGGAUUGGAACACCUUGUACCAAAUCUCAAUUGGCAUUGCUCGAGGGUUAGAAUAUUUGCAUCGAGGAUGUAAUACAAAAAUUUUACAUCUUGAUAUUAAACCUCAAAAUAUCCUUUUAGAUGAACAUUUUCACCCCAAGAUUGCAGAUUUUGGAUUGGCUAAAAUAUGUAAGAAAGAUCAAAGUAUUGUAUCUAUAUUAGGUACAAGAGGAACUUCAGGAUACAUUGCACCAGAGGUUUUUAGUCGAACAUAUGGUGGUGUUUCUCACAAAUCUGAUGUAUAUAGUUAUGGUAUGUUGAUUCUUGAAAUUAUUGGAGGAAGACAUAACUACUAUGAAAGUAAAGAAUCACAUACCAGUGAACUUUGCUUUCCAGAUUGGAUCUACAAAGAUCUUGAGAAAGGAAAUGUUCCUACAAGGUGUUUGCUUGACAAAGAAGAAGAAAAUGGCAUGGUAAUGAAAAUGACUUUAGUAAGCUUAUGGUGUAUUCAACCAAAUCCAUUGGAUAGGCCUUCUAUGGGUAAAGUAAUAGACAUGUUAGAAGGAUCACUUGAGUCAAUACCAUAUCCUCCAAAACCAGUCUUAUUUUCUCCCGAAAGACUUGUCUCACAAUAUUCAGAUAUAUCUUAUAGCAAUGAACAUGAGACAAGUUCAACAACAACAGAAGAAAUUGACUUAGAGAAAGGGUUAAUGUGA